AUGAAGUUCACCGUUGCCGCUGCUACCCUCUUCGCUGGCCUUGCCGCCGCCAGGAAUGCCACAAUUUCCGGCUUCAACUACAACAGCGUGAACGGCUACCCCAUUAUUUCCUUCAACGUCGACGCCACCGACAACAGUGCAGGCAUCAACUGCGUUGCUGAGAAUUUCGUGCCCGGCCAAUCUUUCCCUUGCUCGGACCCCAGCUGGAUUGUCACUCCCCUUGAGUCCCAAGGCCACUUCCUUCUCCUUACCCAGACCCUCAACAGCCACGUCUACGAGGGUAACUUCACCAUCGCCAUGAACGGACCCAACUCCGCCGUCCUCGACCAGAUUGGCGAUGCCACUGCCGAGAUGGUCGAGAGCAAGUAG